AUGCGCACUUUACUUCUCCUGCAAGUCGCUCUUUUGGCAGUGGCGGCUGCGCGCGACGCGCCUGGUAAGACUUUAAAGUAUAAAGUUCUGGAGGAGCAGCGGGUGGGCACAGUGAUCGGCAGGUUGCGUGAAGACGCAGCGGGAUCUUUGUCCCGGUUACCGAGCUCAGUUUCUCCACGAUUUCGCGCAAUGCACGCGGGUGGAAGCGCGCCGUUGAUCGCCGUGCGCGAAGACGAUGGUGAGAUCACUGUAGGAUCGCGGAUUGAUAGGGAGGCGCUUUGCGGCAGCCACCCGAACUGCACCCUUGAGUUCGAUGUAGUCACGCUGCCCGCUGAGCACCUGCAACUCUUUCGUGUCCAAGUCGAGGUCCUUGACGUCAAUGACCACUCUCCACGUUUUGCCCGUUCUAUGGUCCCUGUCGAAAUUUCAGAGAGUGCCGCCGUGGGGACACGGUUGCCCCUAGAUGCUGCUACAGACCCGGAUGUGGGCGACAAUGCACUUCACUCUUACUCACUGGCACGAAACAGCUUCUUCCGUAUCGACAUCCGGACUCGCACCGAUGGCGCUCGGUAUGCUGACCUGGUCGUCGUACGCGAGCUUGACCGGGAGACCCAGCCAAGCUUUCAGCUGGUGCUGAGCGCGGCCGACUCGGGCUCACCACCUCGCUCUGGAUCCACUUUACUAAAGAUAAGUAUUCUGGAUUCCAAUGAUAACAGCCCGGUGUUCGAUGAGCAGGCCUAUGUGGUCAGCCUUCCUGAGAAUUCAGUGCCCGGAACCCUUCUGGUGGACCUAAACGCCACAGAUCCAGAUGAAGGCGCCAACGGAAAGAUCGUCUACUCCUUCAGCAGUCAUGUGUCUCUGAAAAUCCUUGAGACGUUCAAGAUUGAUCCUGAAAACGGACAAAUUACUCUAAUCAAGAAAGUGGACUAUGAGACCGCCUCGUCCUAUGAGAUUGACAUCCAAGCCCAUGACAUGGGACCCAAUUCCAUUCCAGGCCACUGCAAGAUCAUAGUCAAAGUGGUGGAUAUUAAUGACAACAAGCCCAAAAUCAAUAUUAACUUGAUGACGCAGGGGAAGGAGGAGGUGGCCUACAUUUCAGAAGCAGCACCCGUCGACACCUUCAUUGCACUGGUUCGAGUGGACGACAGCGAUUCGGGUCUAAAUGGAGAGGUGACUUGCAAGUUGCACGGUCAUGGGCACUUCCGGUUGCAGAAAACCUACGAGAACAACUACAUGAUUUUGACCAAUGUUUCCCUGGACCGUGAGAAGCGCUCAGAGUACAGCCUGACUAUAAUCGCAGAGGACCACGGCUCACCCAGCCUUUCUACCAUCAAACACUUUACGGUGCAGGUGCAGGAUGAAAACGACAACCCACCUCGCUUUGAAAAGAGCCGCUAUGAGAUCUUCAAGUCAGAAAACAACUCACCUGGUGCGUAUCUCACCUCGGUGGUGGCCACCGACCCAGACCUGGGCACGAACGGCCAGGUGACCUACUCCAUCCUGGAAAGCAUGGUGCAGGGGAGCUCUAUUUCUACCUAUGUGACUAUCGACCCAUCCAGUGGUUCUGUGUAUGCUUUGCGUAGCUUUGACCGCGAGGAGGUGAACCGAUUGGCCUUUACAGUACAGGCCCAGGAUGGAGGAGGUGACGCCUCACUCAAUGCCAACGCCACUGUUAUUCUAACCGUUUUGGAUGAGAAUGACAAUUCGCCAGUUAUUGUGGCGCCAUCGCUCAGCAACCACACAGCCGAAGUGCCGCUUUGGAGGCUUGCCGAACCAGGGCACCUAGUGACGACCAUCAAGGCCACUGAUCGGGAUGCAGGAGCUAACGGCGAGGUCACAUGCUCCAUUAUGGGUGGAAAUGAAGAAGGGUUGUUUGUGAUGGAGCCAAAAAGAUGUGAGCUGAGAACCAAUGCGAGUCUGGAACCUUUAGGGAAGGACAGUUUUGACCUGGCAGUGCUGGUUCAGGACCGCGGGGCAUCUGCUCGCCUCGCCACUCGUGCUGUCCUGCACAUUUUGUUGCGUGAUCACCCUGAUACUUACUUCACACCUGCUGACUCUUCUGGCCAGGGUUCACUUGACCUCUCCAUGAUAAUUAUCAUCUCACUGGGUGCCAUCUGUGGCGUGCUGCUGCUCGUCAUGGUCUUGUUUGCGACACGUUGCUCUCGGGACCAGAAGGAUCCACGGCACUCUUACAACUGCCGUGUGGCAGAGUCUACCUAUCAGAACCACCCCAAGAAACCUGCCAGGCAGAUCCACAAGGGUGAUAUCACCCUGGUGCCAACAGUGAACGGAACACUGCCUGUAAGGGCACACCCACGCUCACCUUCAGGCUCUCCAGCUCCUGACAGCAGGCAUACACACAACAGUCGCCAGUCACUCAACAGCUUGGUCACCAUUUCCUCCAAUCAUGUUGCAGAGAACUUCGCCCUGGAGCUUGCUCAUGCCUCACCACCCGUUGAGCAAGUCUCACAGCUUCUGUCCAUACUCCAUCAGGGCCAGUACCAACCCAGACCCAGUUUCCGUGGCAACAAAUACACUCGGAGCUACAGAUAUGCACUGAACGAGAUGGACAAGUUCAGUCUGAAGGACAGCGGUAGAGGGGACAGUGAAGCCGGGGACAGUGAUUGUGAGAUGGGAAGAGAGUCUCCUCUGAUGGGUGAAGGAUUUAACGAGCUCUUCACGCCUGACGGACAGCACCGGCCACACCCAGCAAUGAAGCUGUGUACAGAAGAGUGUCGCGUCCUGGGUCACUCGGAUCAGUGCUGGAUGCCACCCUUGUCCUCGCAGGCAUCAUCCGACUACCGCAGCAACCUUUACAUCCCUGGCGAAGAUCCCCAACAGCCCCCUGUCCCUGAAACCACCCAAUCUGAUGAGUCCACUCUCAGGAAGAAGAGCUUCUCAACCUUCGGUAAGGAAAGCGAAGAAGAAGAGGGCCAGGAUGGCGAAGAAAAUCCGGAGGACCUUUGCGGAACCACGUCUCUGCUCUCCGAAAUGAACAGUGUCUUCCAGAGGCUCCUCCCCGCCUCUCUGGAUGCAUACACUGAAACCAAUGAAACAGAGAGGGUGCCAGUGUGCCCCGUGGGCACUGGGUCACUCGAAAGGAGAAAAGGGCAUCUGCCUGGUAAAGCAAACUCUGCGUCGGCCUUCCAGCACGGUGUAGCAGCCUGGGCUGCCAAUACACAUUUUCAGAAUCCUGGACACGGCCACGCACCGGCCAGUCACAUGUCCAACACAGCGGGGGCUCCUCCACUCGCAGCUCCACUGUCAAUGUCGGCAUCCUGUUCCAAAUGGCUGCCCGCGAUGGAGGAGAUCCCCGAAAACCACGAGGAGGACGAGCUGGAGUCGGUACUCCACGGAAAGCGGUGCGAAAGCCGAAGCGAGAUCAUGGACGCCACCGAGCUGGUGGCAGAGAUCAACAAACUUUUGCAGGACGUCCGGCAAAGCUAAAGAGAAUUCAACAUUUUCUGCACGAGAAAGACAGAACUGUUAUUUAAUAUAAUUAAAAUCAGAGACCUGCAAUUGUGCUUAAAGUUGCAUUUCUGACCGUCAUGUGUUUUGUGAAUGCUAAUUAUCCAAAUGAUGUAUGGAUUCUCUUGUUAUUUUGUUCUGGGACACAGUGUACACAGUGUGAGUGUAUUUAUCUUUGUAUUUUAAAAAUACAAUUUGUAGUCUUUAUAUUUAUAAAAAAUGUACAUAAACCUAAACAAUCAGAUUUCUAUUUUUAUAUUUUGGAUGCAUGUUGAGAAAAUAAUCAAGGCCGACAUGCCUGUGUAAAUAGUCUUAUUUAUGAAAAUGUUUUUAUGUUAUUGGUACAUAUGAUAUAAUAUAAGUAUAAUGAGAAUAUUGUGUUAUUGGGAGGGCAGCAUGUCAGGGUUUCAUAUUUAUAAUAAUGUAUUCUUAAUGUAUUGUCUCAAGCUUGAUUUAUGUUCAAUGAAGGAAAAUAAAAAAUGUU